AGCUGUCAAUGAUCGAUCCUAGUAUAAGAAAAUAGUAGAUCUAAGUACAUCGUAAUACAGAGAAGAGACCAUAGAGAGAGAAGAGAUGAGUCUUGAAAAAUUCAUCAAUGGGAUCCUGUUGAUUUACUUUCCAUUGAUGGUGAUUAAAGCUCCACUCCUGGAUUUGUACAUGUUUCUGCCUGCUACUAGUUCUUAUGGGAAUUUACUGUUUCAUUUCUACACAUGGUACGGAGAUUACCUGAAACUGGAGAAACCUCAUUUCUACGUGGGUAUCGUCUGGCUUGAGCUCCUCGUCAAGUGGCCUCUUUGUAUCGCCAAUUUCUACGGGCUGCUCACUAAAAAAUCCUGGGUCAGAACGACCUGCUUGAUAUAUGGCGUCUCUACGGUCACGGUCAUGGUUGCAAUUUUCUUCGAUAUGGUCAUGUCCUCAAGGCCUUCUACGCUUAUGAGUCUUUAUGUACCUUUCAUGGUUUUCGGUCUAAUUACAACUCUUAAGGGGUUGAUUCCACUCUCAUCACCGGUUCAUGCCAGGAAAAAAUCUUCAGAUGGAGAAAAAAAGAGUGCUUAGAUGUGGAACAAACUAGUCCGCACCAUGCUGCUGUGAAUGAUUAAAGUGCAAAGUGGCCUUCUAUCCUUGUUUAACCUUUAAUGAUAGUUGUAUUUGAUUUAAUGUCUUGAAAUUCAUUCGUAAUGUUUUAAAAACAUAUCGAAUUGAAAAAUGUGGUAGUAACUCUUUUCUAGAAACGGAAUAAGUAGUAUUUUCUAAAUUCUCUACAA